AUGCGCGUCAACUUUGUGCUCUGCGCGUCGUAUCUUGCGCUCUCUGCCAAUGCGUUCGACAUCUUGGGAGACAUCGGAAAACUGGUGGCGCCAGUCGGAGAGGCUCUUCAUUAUGAUGCUGGCCACUGGUUCCACGCGGCGCGCAAAGACGUCGAAACCUUUGUGAACAGCGCGGCAUUGGACAAGGCACUCGAGAUCAGAAACUUCGUUGAGGCAGCCGUCGGUGGUGUUAACGCACUUCAAAACGAGGUUCAGAAGGCGAAUGGGAAUGCCAGCGCCAUGAACGACCUACAGCGUGGAUUUGCCAAGGUGCUCGAAGAGCUGAACACCCUUUUCCCUCCUCCCGACCACGCGCCAAGUCACGCAGAGCGUCAGGCUGCAGUCCAGACGGCGCUGACCAAAAUCGGCGCAGUUCUCGUUUCUGUUCUCGGUCCGCUGAGUGGCGACGAAGAAGGUGUUGCGAAGACGUGGGACACAGUUAUCCAGCCGCCCCUUCUGAGCGUUGUUGUGUUGGUUGGCGACUUUGCUGAACAGCACCCAUAUUUGCUGCAGGCUGUCCUGAUUAUGUUGCUGUCGGGACCCAUGGCACGCAUCUCAGAGGGAAUAUUUGGUAUGGUGCUGGAGGCCAUUGGUUUUGGAAGUGAAGGUGUCGUCAAAGGUUCUCUUGCAGCCUGGAUUCAGAGUUGCGUUUUCGGGCCAUACAUACCAAAGGGUAGUCUGUUUUCCUUGCUCCAAAAAGUCGCCAUGACUGCGUAG